AUGGAGGGAGGAGAAGAAUCGGAAGCCUCCUCCGAACCGGGGAGAGACUCGCCGAGGGAAAGAGAAAGAGGAGAAACCUGCAGACAAAAUGGCGUCAUCAACACCCAGCAGCUGUCGGUUUACUCCACUCCGCAGUAUCCGGGUCUGGAUACAAGCGGGGGAGGAGGAAGAGGAGAAAGCAACCUGGACAGAGGAGGAAGUAGGGCUCCCCCUCAGAUCCUGAACCCCGGCGCUCUCCACCCCCACCAGAUGGCGCCGGGCAUCCUGCGGUACCCGGAGGGCAUCCAGCGGUACCCGGAGGGUGUGCUGCGGGCGUGGGGGGAGGCCAGCGGCGGUGGGGGAGACUGGUGCGAGACGACGUUCAUCGAGGGGCUUGGCUCCGACGCCAGGGAGGUGCUGAUGUUUGACGGGAAGUUUCGGGACUUUUCCGGCGAGGACGCAAAGAUUCCCACGCUGUCGUACGACAUCGACGACGACGACGACGACGGAGAGUUCCAAGAGCUCGAGAGUGACUACUCCAGCGAAUCAGAGAGUGAGGAUGCCUUCCUGUUGAUGCCUCCCAGCGAUCACCUGGGCCUCAGUGUCUUCUCCAUGCUCUGCUGCUUCUGGCCACUCGGCAUCGCAGCCUUCUACCUGUCACACGAGACCAAUAAGGCGGCGUCUAACGGAGACUUCUACGCGGCGAGCUCCAGUUCCCGGCGAGCUCUCUUCCUGGCCGUGCUGUCCAUCACCAUCGGGACGGGCAUCUACGUGGGUGUGGCUGUGGCGCUCAUCGCCUACUUCUCCAAGAACCACCGCUGGUGAACCACAAAUUACCCAUCAGGCACCUGGGCUGGGUCUCAGGCGAGCGUUUCCUCGGGCCGGGUUGGACCACUUCCUGUCUGCGGCGGGCGAUUAACUCCAGAAACACAGCGAGAUGAUUGUUGUUUCCACGCGGGGAACGUCACGCAGGUUGUCAGGAGAGUCGGGAGUUUUUUCAGGACUCUAAACCAAUCAGAUCGCACGGAUCUGUGCGAGGAGUUGUGUCUUU